ACGUGAUACAUCAUGUGAUUAUUCCGAGGGUACGCGAUGGCGCUUCGUUCCAUUUCAUCUGACGCGUCAUUGGCUGUGGUCUUUAUUUUUUGUUACUUUACUGAGCAACUGAGUAUUAUUGUUGUCGUUUACACUGACACUGUGAGACUGCGACUGUGAGAGACUCCAUCGGUGAAGAUGUACAUCUCACGAGGGAACUUUAGCAAAGUGUUUGAUGACAUCAAGAGGACCUCUAUGAGUCAUUCGACUUGUAAGCUUAUAAUAUUUGUCGCUUGUCUCAACGUUGAUGCUUUAUGUGCCUCAAAGAUCUUGACAAACGUGCUACGAAAGGAAAUCAUACAAUAUCAAUUGAUUCCGAUUGUUGGAUAUUCUGACUUGAAGACUCAUUAUGAUCGUCUCGAUGGUGACAUCACCAACAUUGUGCUCUUGGGGUGUGGAGCUAUGGUUGAUUUGGAGAGCUUUUUCGAUAUAGAUCCAAAUGACUUUGUUGAUAAAGACAACCAGAACCUGGACGGUACAUUCACCUCCUCGAGAAGUAUAUAUGUAAUUGAUGGUCACAAGCCAUGGAACCUGGACAACAUCUUUGGUUCCCAUAUCAUCAAGUGUCUCGAUGAUGGAUAUAUCGAUAGAGAAUUGGACCGAGAAAAAGAGGCCUAUGCAACGUUGAUAAAGUUACAAGAAGAUGAAGAAGAGGAGGAUAGCGAUGAUGGCGAGUUUGAUUCAGAAGAAUCCGAAAAUGAAAAUGAUGUUGUGAACGGUCUUGAAGAAGACGAGGACGAGGAGCUAACAAGCUCUCAGGAGAAGAAAAGAAAAGCUAUACAGGAGACAAAGCAGAGGAAACGCCAGAUGAAGGAGCAGGAAAGACUUGUUGAGCAGUACUAUGCAACGGGUAUGACUAUCACAGUAUCUGUGUCAUUACAGGUAUACACGAUGCUCUCAGAAAUUGGUGAAACCAACACUGAUAACCUGUGGUUCACAAUAAUCGGAACCAUCUCUCUCGAUAAUCUGUAUCCAGAUGUUUACAGAAUGUCAUUCGAGGCACUAAAGGCUGAAGUUACGAGAUUGAGUCCCACAGACUUGGGUCUUUCCAAGAAUGCUGACUCGUCACAGCUAUCAGUCGAUACAGAUUACUAUCUAUUCUUGUUACGGCAUUGGACUCUCUAUGACUCUUUUUUCUAUUCAAACUACGUGAAUGCCAAAUUGAGCAUAUGGAGUGAAGAAGGUCGUAAAAGGCUACAUAAGAUGUUUGCAAGAAUGGGUAUCUCUUUACAGGACUCCAAACAGAAUUGGUUAUACAUGGAUACCAAUAUCAAAAAGAACCUCAACGUUACAUUCAACAAAGUUCUCGGGUUCUUUGGACUAGACGAUCUCAUCAGAGAAGGAUUCGUGAGAACAUACGGGUUCAGGGGAACAUUGUCUGCAAGCGAAUGUGUUGAAUCCAUUUCAGCACUAUUGGAGCACAAUAAAGCAUCAACUACAAAUACAGACGACGAAGAAACUGACAUUAAUGAAUUAAUUUCUCUAAAGGAAAAAGCAUGGAUUGAAAACUUUUGGUCCAGUUGGGAUGCAUUGGAUAAUAUUGAUAAGAUCAACAAGGGAUUGGAAUAUGCUAAAGAAUUCCAAAAGGCAGUUUUCAAUACAGGAAUGGCAGUAUUGGAAAAGCGACUGUUGAAGACAUUGAAGAUCUACCAUCUCGUUGUCCUCAGAGAUGGACCUGAUUAUGAAAUGUUUAGAAAUCCAUUAAUCCUGAUAAGAUUGGGUAAUUGGAUCCUUGAGAGUUGUGCUGAAUCUAACAAAACCCUUCUGCCAUUGGUGCUUGCAGCGUUGGACGAAAGCACAGAUACGUUUCUAGUGGUUGGAUUGGCCCCACGUUAUCCAAGAGGUCGAAAGAACCUGGAGGACAUUGAUCAAAAUACGACACUUUUGAACACCUUUAGUGUGGCAUUCCAACAAGUUGCGGGCACUACAGGAGCCAAGGUGAGGAUCGACAGUUUUGAAAGUUCCAUCAUUGAGAUUAGAAAGGAAGACUUCCAACCAUUUCUGGAGAAGUUGGCACUUAGUGGAUUGGUGUAAUUGAUGCAUUGUUCACGGCGCAG